UGAGAUGUUAACUGAGACAGCAUUAUAAAGCUUUGAAAUGAGAAUGCGUGCAGAUAAAAAAAUUCCACAAAGCUGACACGACUUUUUCAAAUUCAUCUCUCAAGUGAGAGUAACGCACAUCUUUAGUCUACUGCUUCUUAACGAUGCAGACAGAUCGUACAAACUUGUGAACAAAACUUGUGAAAAUGCAGAGCAUCCGCAUUGAAUAUCCUGUCACUGGCGUAAGUGAUAGUGCAAGUUUAUGACAGGUGAAGUGUAAAAAAUUAAAUAAUAAUAAUUAUUUUGUUUUUAGUAUGUAUGCGUUGAUGGGAUGCCGGUUCGACGGGUCGUUAUAAACAACGAGGUACGCGUGGAGGUACCACUUCCAGGUCCUCCAAUCAACAUCCCUUUAGGAGGGUUAUUGUCGGUGCGCGAGUCAAUAACUAAUCAACCAUGGAUCUACCGAGAGGAUAUCAGAAUACCCGGUUUUAUCAAUAUUAACAGGAAAUUUUGGACGCAUUGGAGAAGGGAUUUAUUAAGAGCGCAGAACGACGAUGUAUUAGAACGUUCGUGCGGCCAAUUUGGCGAAGCCGACGUGUGGGACCUGCGCCGUCUAUUCAGCAUGCGUCCUUUAAUAGACGAAAAUCAUGAAGUUUGGAUAUAAAUUGUUGUGGCCCUUCUUUAAUAAAGGGUCACAGGGAUUAGGGAUCGUCUGCCGAUGCUCCUCGGGUCAGGUCUUCGAGAGAAUAUAGCCAGUUGUGAUAUCAGGAUAUAUAUGUAUAUUCUUACUUAGUACACUUGAUAACACUUAUGAUAAACCGUAACAAAUAUUAACGAGUCGGCGACAUACGUGAGUCGCUGUAUACGGUGUGACAAAGCCCGCUCGUUGUCUGUCGCACGGUGUAUAUAUACACCGUUUUUAGGCGUAUGACCGGGGAAGGUACUUCCGCGGUCAUAGGCCUUUGGACAGGAUACUCGCUUAGCCAGCAAUUGCUGGCCAUGCGGAUUCCACCCCAAAAUCAGAUGAUUUUGGGUGUUGAGUCUUAGGCAACCGGGUACGUUUCCCGGUGCGACGCCCGGUAUGUAGGCCGGGCGAUGGCCGCGCGCGAGGUGUCAUGCGACACCGUCUAUCGCUUGCGACAUGUGAGUGUGAUGCACUCACAACAUCCCUCCCCCUUAUUAGGAAGACAACGAGGGGGCUGAGUUAUCGGUCACGGAUUAAAAUUUCGCUAUGAUUGUUAUUAUAACUAUACGCAAUAAAGUAUGGUACAAAUUUUUCUAUAAGCGUGGUUAUUUUUAAACGCAGGUUUUGUAGUACCUACAUUGGUAGCCUUAGUUAGCGGGGUUGCUGGGUCGGCAGUUUUGGAACGUCUCGUAGCUGAUAUUCAGGUCGAGGGCUUCCUGGAUGGCGUCCUCGUCUUCUAGGAAUACUGCAAGGCACCGUAGGCAGUCCCUUGCCGGUCGGACGUCCAUAAGGAUGGUGUCACAUAGGAAACACUGGGUGAUGGUUUCCCAUGUCUCGUCUGUCGCCAGCUGUGUGCGGUACCCGUGGGAGGUUGGUUCUCGUACCUCGCACUGGGCCCGGUGUGGCCGGUAACACCUGCGGCACCAUCGCCUCCAGGCGAAUUCGUUUUCUACGAGGCACCUCUCGGUUGGCCGUAGGCAAAUGCUCCUCAGAAACCGCUCGUAGCGAGUAGGGUGGUCAAUUGGGCGCACCCCAUCAAUUGGCUGUUCGGUUUCCUUCGGGAUCUUCAUCUUGUGAAAUCCUCUGGUUGAACUUGCGAUUUUUUCACAGGAACUUUUGACUGACGCGACUUGGCUCGUGUUGGUUUACGAGUUUUCUUGUCGCGCGGCUCUGCCGUGGUUUUUAUAAUUUUCCAAAAAUUUGUAUUUGGUGGGGUAGAAACCCAUUAUCGGACCAUAUAUGGUCAUAGCUAAGUCAGCUGUGCACCGUUGGUGCACGUGUCGUUCCUUGCCAGAGUCCGGCAAUUUGCUGUAACGUGAUCGUGUGUCACGUUUUGCUAACUCGAGACGUGCUGGUUACUGCCAUGCGCCCCUCCCCCGUCGGGAGAAACUUGUUACAAUUCAUUAUACAAAUACAUAUAUAUUAUUUUAGAAUCGCGUACUAUUCUAAUUUGUAUUAGCGUGAUCCGCACAUUUUCUUACGUAUCACGAUAAUCCCUAUGACUAUCACUAUUGUGACUAUUACAAUGGUUGUUCCGCUUGUUGCCAUUGGAAAAAUAAAGUGUGGCGAUUGAAAGAUCGAGUUUGGUCUUUUUUCAAUUUCGUUAUUUAUUUCAUCUAUUUUUUGCUUAUAGCUUUCUAGUUCUGUUGGGUUUUGUAUAACCUCUUUUAAUUUUAUUUUUCUCGCUAUGUCUGUGUCGUUUGUUGAGUCAGACUUUUGUAUUAACGAGAUGUUAUAUUGCGGUAGAUACGCUUCUACUCGCGUUUCAUAUGAUGCCUUGAGUGAUUUUAUUAUAGCGUUUUCCGUCGCUAUUUUACAGCUAUUUUUAAACGUUAUUCUACCCGUUCUUUCAAUCUUUUCCUUUAUUUGUCCGUGGUCUUUACAGUGUAUAGUGAUUACUUGGCUUUUCGGUGUCGAGUAUAGCCACGAGUGUGAGUUCUCUAAUGCUAUCCAAAUACUAUUAUUCGAUAUAGUAUUUUUUAUUUUACAGUCUCUAUUGUUUUCUUUGAUUUCCGCGUAUAUUUUUACUUCGCAUAUGGAGUCUGCAUUUAUCCUAUAUACCGGGUGGUUCUGCGUACAUAAGUAUUCGCGAUUUAUUUUUACGCAUUUCUGUAGGUCGCUAUUCGCUAGUAUUAUAUACGUACGCUGUACUGUAUCUAUCGCUACGAGAGGAUGGUUUACUUCUAUGAAUGAGAAAAUGUUAUUUGGAUUUGGGAUAGGUAGAGGAAUUACAUUCUGAAUUUCAUAUUUCGGUAUUGAUAUGAGUGGAAAUUUCAGAAUGGUGUAUAUAUGAGAAUGGUCGCAAUACGCGCCUAUUUCCGCGAAUCUUUCUAUCGUUGACCAUUCUUCUUUGCCUAUUCUAAAGGGGAAAUAUAAUCCUUCAGGCAAUUUCGAGCUUGCGUCUUUAAGAGACUCUAUUAUUUCGUUGAUGGGUGUUAGACGAGGAUGCAACAUUCCCUUUUUGACGUUUGCUACGUAUUCUAAUACGUCUUCUGCGUCUCGCGUUAAGUCAGCUAGUAUAGCGUUAAUAAUUAUGAAAUGUUCAUGUAGGUUAUUCUGUUUUUCGUCUUCGAUAAGUUUUGUCCGUAAUUUGUCAGUUGCGUCUGCGAGAGUGUUUUCGUUCUGUCGUAUUGUUCGUUCGUUGUUGUCAAUGUGGGCUAUUGUUGCUUUCAUUAUUUUUAGUUGGUUUUUUAUUGCAUGUUUAUUUAGUUCUUCAGCAUUAUGCAAUAUUGUUAAUUGCUCGUUGAUGAGUUUUUCAUCAUUUGCAUCCAUGGUACCAAACAAUGAUUUCGCCACAGAUCCUAUUCCAUCGACCAAUCCUCUCUUUUGUGCGGUUUGUUUCUUGUACGUUGAGUUUAUUCGCUCUAUCAGAUUAUUUGUUCUUUCGAAACCUUUCUUAAUAAUUUCAUGCAGGUUUGUGCAUGUUUCCUUGCCGAUUACGGCUAUCAUCUGACAUAAAUUGUCUGUUUUAUGUAUGUAUUUUCCUAAUUGUGUAAGUCGUUUGGUUAGUGACGUAGCAUCUACUUUGAUUAUCACCUUCCAGGAGGAUUCUAUUUGGUGUAGUAUUCCUAUCUUCUCGAAGUAUAUUCCUGGAUGAUGGGUGAAUCUUUCUAUCUCGUACUGUGAUCUUAUGUCCGGUUCUUCCGCGGCAUUUAGUGUUGCCCAGAUUAUACAUCUGUAAUUAUUAAAAAAAAAAAAAAA